AUGCAGCUGCACCUACUACACGUUCAUGUCGGAGAUUUGAACGAAAUCCAGGUUGGUGGUAUAUUGUGUCACAAACAUAUUCUGAUGCUCGAUUUAAGAAGACUUUCCGAGUGUCAAGAAAUACCUUUUCUUUCAUUCUUGAGCAAAUACGCCAUGUUUUGCAAAGAAAAGCUGUUGUAGAAGAGCCGGUAGAGCCAGCUUUUCGUCUAGCUAUCUGCCUGUAUCGUCUUGGUCGUGGGACAUAUUACCACACUAUAUCCGAAUUGUGUGGUCUUGGACUGUCAACAGUUGCCACAAUAACCAGAGAGGUAUCUGAAGCUAUUGUUGAAGUGUUAUGGGAUGAGAGCGUUAACAAAUACAUGCCAAAUUCAGAGGAUACGUUUCAUAAUAAAAUCUUAGAUAUGGAAGAAAUGUGGCAGUUUCCUUGUUGCUGGGCAGCGAUCGAUGGCUGUCACAUUCCUCUUAAAUGUCCUCCAGGUGGAAUGGAAGCUUGCAAAGAAUACAAUAACUUUAAGAACUUUUAUUCUAUAGUACUCAUGGCAUUGGUUGACUCACACUACCGAUUCAUUUGGGGGAGCUGUGGCUAUCCAGGAAACUCGCAUGAUUCCAUUAUUUUUCAAUCAACUGAGCUAUGGUCAAAUAUCAAAGACGGUGAUGGUCUACCUUCAAUGGGCAAGAAGGUUGGCAUGCAAACUGUUCCUCCUCUGAUAGUUGGCGAUUCUGCUUUCCCACUUGCACAAUGGCUGAUGAAACCUUACACCAAUGCAGCGUUGUCACCAAAACAGCGAUACUUCAAUUACCAUUUAAGUCGCGUUCGCAUGGUUACUGAAGGAGCAUAUGGCCAGUUAAAAGGCAGGUGGCGUGUUUUACUCAGAAAAUGUGAAAGUACCAGUACAAAUGUUCGCACAUUUGCACUUGCAUGUAUGGUCCUCCAUAAUAUUUGCUUAACCUUGGGUGAUACAAUGCCAAAGAAGUUGGACCUUACUGUUGACUGGGACAAGCGGGUUUCGAUGAAUUCGUUCGAGACAUUUACGAAAUGGUAG